CAUGUCGUUUAUUCACGGAGACUUAACAGAGUAGCUCAUUCCACAAGAAGAUUUCACGUGCAACAAAACGCAGACCUGCCGUGAGCGACAACACUAUGCAAGCACAGUGUCCGUCACUCCCAGAUUGCACUCUUCAAGUGCCCAGAUUCUCAAUCAGUGCCACUCCUCCAAAUUUUGCAUCUUUUCUGAGCCCCUCCAAGGUUGCAAUCAAAUUGAGUUGUGGGAUUCACAAACCAAUUUGUAGGAGUAGGUGUGAUGGUUUAAGGGUGCAGUGUGCUGGUUCCAAUGGAGAAAAUGAUGACGAUGAUGGGUUUUACAUCAGAAGAUGUGUUGAGCUUGCAAGAAAGGCUGUUGGGUUCACCAGCCCCAAUCCAUUGGUGGGCUGUGUUAUUGUAAAGGAUGGCAAAGUUGUUGGUCAAGGCUUCCACCCUAAAGCAGGCCAACCUCAUGCCGAGGUGUUUGCUCUGAGAGAUGCUGGUGACUUGGCGCAAAGUGCGACGGCUUAUGUCAGCUUGGAGCCUUGUAAUCAUUUUGGCAGGACUCCACCUUGCACUGAAGCUCUAAUUAAAGCCAAAGUGAAAAAAGUUGUUGUUGGGAUGGUGGAUCCAAAUCCCAUAGUUGCCUUCAAAGGGGUGGAAAGAUUGAGAGAUGCUGGAAUUGAAGUUGUUGUGGGUGUAGAGGAAGAGCUCUGCAAGAGCCUCAAUGAGCCCUAUAUUCAUCGCAUGUUGACCGGAAAGCCUUUCCUUACUUUGCGAUAUUCUCUUUCUGUCAAUGGAAACUUUAUGGACUUACUUGGGGAUGGAGUUACAGACUGUGGUGGAUACUACUCAAGGUUAUUACAAGAAUAUGAUGCAGUGGUAAUCUCUUCUUCCUUAUUCAGUGAAAAUUUGUCAGUGCCUGCAUCUCAAGAACCUGGAGCCAACCAACCAAUUCGGAUUAUAUUACAUAAAGAUCCUAGUUCUUCAAAUCAAAUUCCACUAGCCAUCAAUGGCGUUACUCACAAAGUGAUAAUUUUUACAGACAAUAAAACAGUAACAGCUCCUGAAGUGGCUCAACAAGGAAUUGAAACUGUAGCUCUGGAUCAAAUAAAUCUGGAUGUGAUCUUGGAUUAUUGUAAUCGUCAAGGAUUAUGCAGUGUUCUGUUAGAUAUUAGGGGGAGUUUUGGUGAGUUUGAAGAUCUUGUCAAGGAGGGUAUCAAGAAGAAUUAUAUUAACAAAUUUGUCACAGAAAUUUUGCCAGUUUGGAACGGACAUACUGAGCCAGAUCCUCUACACACAUUGAAGAGCUUAGAGCAAGGAGCAGAAGUGGUAAAUUUGAAGUCCAAGGCCUCAGAUAAGAGUGUUGUGAUUGAGGGAUAUUUUAAACUUUAGUAAACGGGAUUAUGAUUGCCCACAAACUCCCUUUUAUCAUUGUUUCAGUGUCAUGAUUUUUGCCAAUGGAUUAUUUCCUGUAGGCUAAAUUAGAAAGCAGUUCUUGUAUUUUGCUGGUGGAAACUUGAGGUUAUUGUCAAUAACGAUUUUUAUUCCCAUUUUUUCUGGGCUCACAUUUUUCUUAGCUUUAAGGUUUUGCUUAUAUGCAAAUACCUUGUCUUGAAGUUUAGCAGAGAUUUGCCAGUCAGAUGUUACCUUGAAAUUAGGCUGCAUGUUUCAUGUGGAAUGUAAACUGUGUAUGUUAGCAGUUUCAUUGAAUGUGUGGAUAGUUCAUGUGGUAGUUUAACAAAAGAAAAAAGAAUACUUGAUUUGAGCUUGCUUGUGCACUGUUUCUCUAUUUCAGAGUAAAACAACACAUUAUGCAAUUCAAAUAAACCUUGAUGAAUUAUUAUAAUGAGGGUAUAGAAAAUGGUCAUUUUUAUUUUUUGGGGUGAAUGGAGUAACAUUUGUAUGUUGCAGCACUGAAAAAUUAUAAAUUCUGCAACAAUGCUUGGCCUGAUGCUCGGCUCGGCAGUUUUUGGUAAAUUCACCUGCCUUAAUUGGUUUCUUCUUCAACCUUGCUCUUAACUGGCCUGAUGCUCGGCAGUUUUUGGUAAAUUCACCUGCCCCAAUUGGUUUAUUCUUUAACCUUGCUCUUAACUCUCAAUUCUCCUGUUCAUGACCUUGCAUUUCACAAAUUAUUUAUGUACCUUGCAUUACUCAAGCACAUGGUAUAGAUGUAGACUAGUGACAGUGAACCAUCUAUGUAAAUAAAUCAUAGUAAGUUUUAUAUGCCAUUCAUUGAUGCUGGAAAAAUGGUUUCCCCAACAGUCUAUGUUAUCUUAUUAGUGACAUGCCUCAGGAAGUGCUGAACGAUGCGAUGCAGGCACAAGUCGUUCCCCGGUAUGGCACAUAGCAUCUUAUCUUCUAUCUGUUGCCCUCACAGGACUUGGGAUGGAGAAUGAAGCCCAAGCAGCACUUAAAGACAGCACAACACUGGAAUCCAAGCGGAAUGCAACUCCCAAGCAAAAAUGAAAACAUUGUACAGAGACAAAUUCUUGCUGAUUCUGUUCUGCCUGAUGACUUUCCCCCAAAACAUUGAUCAUAACAAUUCAUCCUGGAUACCAAUAGAUCCACCCCUCUCAAAAAGUUGCAUGUGUUUGAAGAUUUCUUCAAGAAACAAGAUUGAAUGAGUAUCUGUAACACCCCUUCCCCCUUUUUGUUGGGUCGGCUAGGAUGUUCAUUUAGUUCUAUGAUUUGAUUGAUUGAGCAUGAAUCCAAACUUAGCAUUUUUUUUUAAUUUAUAAAAGGUUAAAAUUGUGAAUAGUUAAAA